AUGGAACGCAUGUGGCGCAAAGUGAAUCACAGUCUGCGCAAUAGCAAAUCGCAGUCGCAGUCUCAACUGCAACAGCAGCAACAACAACAACCGCAGCAGCAACAACAACAACAGCAGCAACAACAACUGCAACAACAACAAUGUAAUGCUGCAACACCACAAUCCACCGACACCAUUAGCUCAGCAGGCGGCUUUGGUGAUGCACAACUUGUGGUUGCCGUGCAGAAUUUACAGGCGCCAUGUGCCGCCGCCGCCGCCGCCGCCGCUGGUGGCAGCAAUGCAACCGGUCGCCGCUUGGCCAGCAGCGGACUGCAACAACAAACUGCAACUGGCUCAAGUUGCCACAAAUCGCUGAGUCAACAUGUGCUGCAAACGCGUACCGCAUCCUCGGAGCGUCGACGUCGACGGCGACGCAAGAGUCGACCGCGUCGCAGCGGCGGCAUGGCCGGUGUGACCAGCUGUGUGGGCGAUAACGGUGGCGAUAAUAUGUCCUCCUCUGGCGGCUUUUACACACUGAAGGAGCACCAUCAGCACUAUAGACAUGGUCAUGGUCAUCAUGGAAGCGGCGGCGUCUCCAGUUCACAUCGUUUGUUUGCCACAUCGGCGCCCAGUGGCACCGUCAUGAUGUAUCCAAAUGCACAGCGUGCAACAGCAGCAAUGGCUGCCACGGGCACAAUGGGAGGUGGAACAGGUGGAGGAGCAGGCGGAGGUGGAGGAGGAGGAGGAGGUGGUGCAAGUGGUGGUGCUGGUGUUGCAGUGGCACCAACGCCACCGGACAUUUCGCUGAGGCAACGUGCGGUGGCAAAGUUGCGCAUGUUCAACUUUCAUCUAAACUGGGAUCUGCAUAUGACGCACUGCAAACCCUGCGGUCCACGUCUGAGUGGCAGCGGCAACAUCAUCACCCGUCGUCUGUGCCGCAAUCGUCGACGUGAAGACAAUGAGCUCUAUCGCUCCAAUAGCUUCAAGUUCGAGCGUUUCGAGCGCAAAGAAUGCCUCGAGGAGCUCUCCAACACUCUACAGAAGCAGAUUGCCAUCUGUGAUGAUUACAGCCUGCCUGUAGACUUUGUUAAGAAACGACCGUCCAGUUUCGAUCCCUGCCUGGCCGAGGCAAUACCAACAAAUCCGGAGCAUUGGAUAGCACCGAGUCCACAAACUGAAUUUCUGCCAUUUAACGAAGCCCAACAAGCGACACUGCAACAACAACAACAACAACAACAACAACAGCAAUCGACAACAGGCACAACAGCAGCAACAUCAGUUGCGCCACCGCCAGUUGCCCCUUUGGCCACAUUUCCCAGCCAAGCGGCAACAGCAGCAGCAAUUUUGGGCAGCAACAGCAACAACAACAACAGCAGCAACUGCAACAACACGCACAACAGCAACCAAUUGCAACUGCAUAGCAAUCACGUGCACAACAACAACACAUUGCCGGCAGCGCCGCAGCAACAGCAGCAGCAACAGCAACGUGCAACGCUGCAACAUCCACCGCUGCCCAACAGCAACAUUAAGCAGGCAUCCGUUAAGCUCAUCGAGGGUUAUUCCGAUCCAAAGGACACACGUAAACACGCCCAAACUAACCACAAAAAGGUCUACCACAAAAAAGCCAAACGUCGCACGGCGCCAACUCAUAAGCGACAGCAACAUCAGCAGCAGCAACAUCAGCAGCAGCAGCAGCAGCAACUGAAGCAGCAACAGCAACAACAACAGUUGCAGACGCUGCCAACGACACGCGCACAUCAUCAGCAGCAGCAGUUGCAACAGCAGCAGCAACAACAACAACAGCAGCAACAACAACGUCAUUCCACAUACAAUAAUAAUAACGGCAACCACAAAAAGGACAAGCGCAGCAGCCAUUACAAUUCAGAUUCCUCAGCUCCAAAAUCCUCGGACGAAGAGGCGGACAUAGACGAGGAGGUUGAACGCAUUGUGCCACCAGCUUUGCCACCGCCACCAGCAACAGGUGGCAACACUGGAGCCAGUGGAGCACAGGCUGUUGCAUUGCUCAACUCACCUGACAGCAUCUCGGAUGACCUUGUGCGUCCUCUGCCACCGCAGCUGCAGCGCAGUCCACGCAAACUGACUGUGGCACAAACCGAACACAGCAAGCGACAACCAUCGCCAUAUUAUUACUCGGAUCUACUCAAAAGUCGCGACAAGGAGGACAAGGAUAAAGAUAAGGAUAAGGAUAGGCAACAACAACAACAACAACAACGCACACUCGAUCGUGAGGCAAAGCAAAAGUGCCGUCAAUCCACAGCAAGUGAGCCACCACAACAGACACAACAACAGCAACAGAAACAACCACUUUUAGGUGGCUAUCGCAAGAGCAGCAGCUUGGAUGCGCCACAACAACAACAACAACCACAGCAGCAGCAACAACAACAGCAUCAAGGCGAGGAGGAGGAGGAGGAGGACAACGAAGAGGACGACGAGUGUGAGGGUGAAAUACUCGAUGAUAACAACGAUUUAACGGAGCAAUCGACACCAAAGCGAUACAGCUUCACCGAGGAGGGAGUGCGGAUCAUUCGCUGUGAGACGCCGAGCACGAGCACCUCGGAGGAAUCCGAUUGCAGCGAGUGCCUCAAGCGACGCGAGUGGCAUGCACGUGCCUUGGCACUAGUGCGCAAGACGUGCAACGUGCAACCGCGACAACAACAGUCGUUGCAACAGCAACAGUUGCCCAUUGGCAGCGGCGAGUUGCAGCUGCAGCUGCAACAUUGUGACGCCGGCGAGGGAGAAUUGCUCAAGUGUUGUCCACCAGCAAUUUCUGAAUUGAGGGAAGCUGCCGCAGUGGGCGUGGUGGGAGCAGAGGAUAUAGCCGCCUUGGGCUUGGGCUCGGGGUCAAUGCCGCCGCACCGACUGCUGGGCCCAGCAGCCGUGUGCGGAGCCUGCAUUCCCACCGCCGGCAAUAUUGGUGGUUUGAACACCAGCGAAUUGGAUGAGCUGGAGGAAUACUUUCGACCCAGGAGCAUCUUCUAUGUGCAUCCGCAUGGUGUGCACGAGUGCGUCGAGUGUGCGCCAACAGCAACAGCAGCAACAACAGCAGCAACAACAGCAGCAACAGCAAUCCAAGAAGAAGAAGAAGAGGAGGAGGAAGAGGCAGAGGCAGAGGCAGAGGAAGAGGAGGAACACGAUUCCGACAAUAUGGCAAGUCGACAACGCCGUCAAAUCUAUGAAACGGCCUUCGAUUGCAAGAUAGCCAAAUCGGAUGAUGAUCUGGAUGAAGUUGAUCGCAUCACCAAUCACUGUGUGUUGCUGCAACUGAGCAGCAGCAAUGGCAACACGGAGGCGCCACCACCGUCCAGUUUAAGCAAUGCCAAAGCCAAAUCGCGACUCGAAUGCAAGCGAGCCAAGAACAGCAAGAAUCAAGCAUUGCAGGAGCAACAUCAUCAUCAGCAGCAGCAGCAACAACUUGAUUCACCCGAUGGACAACAGGUGUUGCAGGUGCUGCAGGUGCAGGCAGAGCUCAGUCAGCUGCAGCUCAGUCAGGUGGAUCAACAGAAUCAGAAUCAGCAGCAACAAUUGCAAGCGCAGCAGCAGCAACAAUUGCAGCCACAGCAGCAGCAACAGCUGCAAACGACAAGUGUUGCUGCUGUGUCAACGCAACAAUUGCCCGCACGCGGUUACACCCCCUCGCCGCCCUCCACCGCACCGCUGCCCAUGAAAUUUCCGGGCAAACACGAGCGCUACAUGAACAGCAUUAAGAGUGCACCAAAUCUACCAGCAGCACAGCCGUCACAUCCACGUUUGAGGGAUCUGCGGCUGCCAUUGCAAUCGCUGCGACAGCAGCAACAGUUGCAGCUGCAGUGUGGCAACAGCAGCAAUGACAACAGUCUCACCGACAGCGCCUAUGUGAAUCCGCCCUCAACCAACUCCAAUUCAAAUAAUUCGGCAGCUGCCUCCGUAUCCGCAUCCGCUUCAGCAUCCGCAUCCGCUUCCGUCUCAGUCAGCGCAUCCGCAUCCGCAUCCGCAUCAGUUUCUGCCGCACGGCGACCGCGCAGCUUUGUGCUGGAAUCGGGACGCGUUUUGGAGCUGAGACGCAGCGGACAAACGCAUCAGCAGCAGCGACAACAACAGCAGCAACAUCAGCAGCAACAUCAGCAACAUCAUCAUCAUCACAGUCAUCAUCAUCAGGCUCAGCUGGCACAUGGUGUGGCAAGGCACACACGUGGCACACACAACUACAGCUCCACGGAGAGCAUUGCCACCUCCAGCAGCGGCGGCAGCAUGGAAUCUCUGCGCUCCAGCACCAGCGAAGGCAAUCGCAGCACCUCCAGCUCCGAGUCGCGUCACUCCAGCUCCCUCAGCUCCCACAGCUCCGAGAGUGGCAGCAACAGCAACAGUGGCAGCGGCAGCGCCAGCUCCAGUGUGGCAUACCCGUUGCGUGCCCCCGUGCUGCUGCACUCCAAGCUGCACAUACUCAGCCCCAUUUCGGACAAGUCCUCGCAGGAACCAGCUUCCGCUUCCGCGUCCGCUUCCGCGUCCGCCUCCGCCUCGGAGCAAUCACAGCAACCGAACGCUACGGCGACAGCGACCGCGACGGCGACGACGGCAGAGGAUGCUGCCACAGUGCCAGCUACAAGCGUAACAACAACAACUGCAAUUGGGGCACCCAACAAGACCUUGUUGCAUCUGGCGGAUGAAUUCCUCGGCUCGGACAGCGGCAUCUCGUUGCAUUCGCGUGAGGAUCACAAGCCGCCACUGUUGGCCUUGCAACGCCUCACGCUGCCCAAGUUGCAGCUGGGCAAUGGCCAUGAUGCCACAGCAGCAGCAACAGCAGCGGCAACAGCAGCUGCAACGGCAACAGGUAACGCCGGCUUGCCACAAGAGUUACGUGAUUUGCCGUUCGAUAUGCCCAAGCUGCGACGCCGCAAGACGCUGCAACAGGAGGCGGCAUGCACCUCGGGCAGUGCCACAUCCGUGGACCUGGGCGAUCUACCCUUCGACAUGCCCAAGCUGCGACGGCGACUGCGCGCCAAUCAAGCGGAAAUCAACAACCUCCUCAUGCACAGCACCGAAUCCAGCGGCAUCUCGCAGGCAUCCUCCAGCCACUCCAUGCGGGAGGAACAGAAGCUGGCCAGCAAGCUGGACACCGCUCUCUUCCGCCAGAAUCUCACCUUGAAUCUGAAUGAGCCGCGACAGGUGAGCAAACAGUUUGGCAGCCUCGAUUUGCGUGGAUUGAGCAGCCACAAGGAGUUGAAUAUGAAUCUGUGCCAGGGCUACGUCACGGCUGUCGAUCUCAUCGAUGUGACCAUACCACUCGAGCGUCAAGGUUGGUAUCACGGCGCCAUCACACGCAUUGAGGCGGAGACAACACUACGUCCAUUGGCCGAGGGAUCCUUCCUGGUGCGCAACUGUGAAUCCACGAAGCAGGAUUACUCCCUAUCGCUUAAGGGCGCCAAGGGAUUUAUGCAUAUGCGAAUCCAGCGCAACGAAUCUGGCCAAUACAUUUUGGGCCAAUUCAGUCGACCCUUCGAAACGGUGUCCGAUAUGAUACGACACUUUUGCCUGAAUCGAUUGCCGGUGCGAGGAGCGGAGCACAUGUGUCUGAUAGAGCCGGUUAUAGCGCAGUUGCUGUAGACGUGAUGUUAACUUUGUUAACAGAGCGCUUAACAGAGCUGUUAAUUACUCGCAGUACGAGUAAUUGAACAAAACAGAAUUCCACAUACAUAUUGAUAGCAUAUAAAGAGUACUACUUCAAUAUAAGUAUAUACACAACACGUACUUCUAUAUAGGAUAUAUACAGUAUAUAUAUAUAGUAUAUAUAUAUAUACUUAUGCACUAGUUAUAUGCUCUAGUCUUAAAUAAACUGUUUAAACUCUCAUCUUCCGUUCAACUCAAACUAAUUUAUGUUUUCAUCACACAACAAAACACAUACAGAGAGAAAGCUAGAGAUAGAGAUCGAGAGAGCGAAAGAGAGCGAGAGAGUGAAACACAAACUAUGUAGUUUAGAGUUAUAAAGAAGUACGUAGCACUUUCAGACAAUACCAGAUAACAGAAAUCGCAUAAACCAAAUAACAUAAUUACUAUACAUACGAGUACAUUACAUGAUAAACGAUAUACAUGUUAUAUAUAACAUACUAUACGAUCAUAUAGAUCAACAAUAUACAUAGGUAUAUAUAAAUAUAUAUAUACGAGCAAUGUGAGCACUUGAACAGUUGCUAGAGACGUACUACACGAUAUUCUAUAAAUGAUUUCGCAUGUUUACACGAUAAUUAGUACGCGAUAACUCGAAUCUACUUGUAGCGAUAUCACGCGAAUAUUCAAAUACUUACAAGGUCUAAAAAUACUACGUAGCACACACACAAACACACACACACACACACACACAGUUAAAGUCCCGUUUUUACCGUGAUACGGGCAUCUAACAGCACGUUUACACGACAUACAAUACACGAUACAAA